UGUACUCUUUUUGUCGCAUCCUCUGCCCACAUGAGACGGACCCUGUUACUGUUAGAGUUCCAGGUGACAGCUGUCUCCAGCCCCGUCUAGAGACUCUCUAGACUUUCCUCAGAACUUUUCCAAUGUUGCUGCAAUGCCUUUUCCGAAACAUGCAUACAUAUCUUCCGGACAUCUUGAUGCAUCAUCUUCCGAAGUCAGCCCUGCAGAAAUCAUGGAUCAAGCGUUGAAAGAAAAGAAAAUGAGCUCGGCCUCCGUACGCAGAAGGAAAUUUCACCAAAGAGAACGGCAGAACGAACUGGAACAGGAACGAUAUCCAGAAAACAAGAGGAGGAUUGUCAUCUACGAUGAUGCGACUGAUGAUCUGUACGAUGCACGGGAUAAUUCGCCAGACCACAUGAAUAUGAAUGGGAAGCAAUUUGAUCGAGAGUCGUCGGUCGAAACACCUUCUGAGCGCAGUGUCUUAACCCCGGACGAGCCUCACCCACACAGAGCAACAUUCGGCAAGCCGAACCCUUACGAAACUAAUACUGAGCUCCCCCUCAAAAUCGAAACACCCGAAGAUGAAGGAGUCCUAGAGAUGGCGCUGGGCGACGAACGUGUUGUCGUUCCUCCGUCUCCACGACCAGUCCUCCAGGCGUCAUUGGCAUCGUGGGCAGACUUCAGAUAUGAUCGGUAUUCCAUGGUUCUGGACUCUCCAGUACCAUCAGAAGCAUUAAGUGCGGACCUUGACAUCGAUGAAUCAUUCUCGCCUGUUGAGACUGCAACGCCUAUCUCUUUCCGGCAGCCGAAAACGAGGCCAUCUCUCAUAUCAAUUGUCAGCAUAUCGAAAGGCGGGAAACGGAGAAACACAACGCCGCAGAGUCCGUUGUCCCAAGAACUUCCCCAGCCGGCCAAACGACCAGCUAGACGCCCAUCGUCGAGUUCAUCGCAUUCUGGGUUUCCCGCAGCCGAGGCGACUCUUUUCGAGAUCCCAGAUCUGCCAGCAAAUGCUAUCGAGCUCAUUGCCAACGCGAGCCAGGAAUCCCUUCCUCUUUCCGCGUCCGCUUGGAAAGAGUCCAAAGCCAGAACAUUGCGAAGGUCAAAUGUUCCUCGGCUGUCGAUAGCCCUCAACCACGCUCGCAUGAGCAGCAUCAAAAACUUGAUCAAAACACCUACAUCUGCCACUCACUCAAGAACUUUUUCCCAUGCUUCCAGUCACCAUAGCCGGCCUUCAACAGCCAGUAUAUCUGGGGUCGAGGCCAUUUCCACGCUCAAAUCCAUGGCCUUCUCCAACAACGCGCACAAUUUUACUGUCAUGACACGCCCUUCGACCGCAAUGAGCACGUCGAGUUCUGGCAGCCACAAAAAUGCGUUGAUGACGGCGCUCCCCUCUCUCCCAACACCACCAGCCGAGGACAAUGCUGGUGACGACACACGGUCCAUGCAGCGCAAGAAAUCUUUCUCAAACUUGCGCCGUCGCAGCGAAAGUAUCGGCCAGGCGAUCAAAGGUCUGGGCAGGAUCAGCACGAAACACGACGUUCCGAUGCCACCAGCGUUACCGACUCCGAAGAGGCAAUUGCUGUUCGACCACCUCGCGAAAUCCCCUACGCCGCCACUGCCCUCGCCGCGGACAGGGACGAGUAGCAUGAGUGCUGGCUCAAUUACCUCGGACUUCACCAGGGCCAGUAGUGGUGGCAAUAUCGGUCUUGGACUGCGAAACGUAUAAGGUUCUAUUAGGAUGCAGACGAUCAAGCUUCCACAGGGGUUGGAGCACGAACAUACAGAAGAAAUUGGAGCAUACCAGAUAUCAUCCCAGGUAUCACGAGAGCAAGCAUUUUCAUGCUCUUCACGACGUCAUGACAGUCUGGCUUUGAAUUUGCAGUGAGCGUUCACAUGAU